AUGUGGGACAGAGUCCUGGAUGAUCAGUGGGACAUGAAGGAUGCCAGCGUGGUGUGCAGGCAGCUGCACUGCGGAGUUGCUGAGAGCACCUACAACCUGCCAAAGUCUGAGCAAGGGACGGGCCCUGUGGGGCUUAGAGGAAGCAGGCAGCUCAGACUGGUAAAUGCGAUGGGUCACUGCGCUGGGAGAGUGGAGAUUUACUACCAGGGCACCUGGGGGACAGUGUGUGAUGAUUCCUGGGACUUGUCUGACUCCAACGUGGUUUGCAAACAGCUGGGAUGUGGACACGCCAUCGAAGCAGCUGCCUCCGCUCAUUAUGGAGAAGGCUCAGGACAGAUCUGGCUGGAUGAAGUGAACUGCUCUGGAAAUGAAUCCGAGCUCUGGGAGUGCCCUUCCAGGGGCUGGGGGCAGCACGACUGCAGGCACAAGGAGGAUGCAGGAGUGCUCUGCUCAGAAUUCAUGGAUCUGAGGCUGGUGAAUGGUGAUGAUUGUUCCGGUCGUCUGGAGGUUUUCUACAAUGGGACGUGGGGAAGUGUUUGCUCCAGUCCGAUGGCUCAAGCCACUGUGGACAUUGUAUGCAAGCAGCUGGGCUGCGGGAAUGGAGGAGAAUUUGCAGAAGACUAUUUAUACGGACAAGGUUCUGGCCCCACAUGGCUGGACCGUGUUCAGUGCCGGGAGCAGCACAGCUCCCUGUGGGAGUGUCCAUCAAAGCCAUGGGACCCUCACUCAUGUCGUGACCGGGGAGAAGAGACCCACAUUACUUGUGCUGGAAAAAAAGAGAACACAACGCUGACACGGUUUCUUGCAUGUCCAAACUCCACAGACUGCACAGACAAAGAGAAGCUCCGCAUUGUGGGAACACAGGACAGAUGCUCGGGGAGAGUGGAGGUUUGGCACCACGGCUCCUGGGGAACGGUGUUUGAUGAUUCCUGGGACCUCGCAGAUGCCAAUGUUGUGUGCAAGCAAGGGGGCUGUGGAGCUGCUGUGUCUGCCCUGGGCGAGGCUGCUUUCGGGGCGGGGACUGGCCCCAUCUGGCUGGACAAGGUGAACUGCAAGGGAACAGAGUCGUCUCUGUGGGACUGUUGUGCCGAGCCCUGGGGAAACAGUAGAUGCCAGCAUAAGGAAGAUGCUGCUGUGAUCUGCACCAAUGGGACAGAGACCACUGCAUCCCCACUGAAAACAGAAACACCUCAGCACCCAUCUCUGACAGGUGGGAGAGACAUGGUGCCCAUUGUCAUCUGCAUUGUCCUGGGGGCCCUUCUCUGUCUCGUCCUGAUCAUUCUGGGGGGAAAGGUGAGAAGCGCCAGGGCACUGCGCAGAGGCUCCAGAAUAUACUCAGGACCAUUGCCUGAUGCUGUGUAUGAGGAGAUUGAUUAUAAUUUGAUGAGGGACAAGCUGGAGAUGUUUGGUCACUCAGGCGUGUGCCCCAUUGCCAACACACAGCAGUCUCCUACUCGGAGGACUCCAUGAUGAAGCUGCAGUAUUACACUGGGGACAGCGAGGAGGGAAAUGACCUUGGAUCAGCACAAGAGGAAGCUUCCCCUGGGGAUUUCCAGCUGGAUUACGAUAGUGUGGAGGAGCCUGCAUUGAGUAAUGCCCAUGUACCUCCAGACAGU